AUGGUUAAUAAUUCCCAACUUCUGCUAUGCGAGAACUCAAUAUUUACCGAAUCGGAAAUGAUGCAAUGCUCGAACGCAUAUGUGAUGCCAGCAUUCCUUUCGCGGCUUUCUUCAUUCGAUUGCUUUCAGAACGUGGAAAGAAUUCAGUAUGGAGGAGAAGCGCUGAAUUCAAAAACGAUUGAACAACUAAUUCAAACCUAUCCCAAGCUUCAAUUAUAUCAAGAAUAUGGACUUACGGAACAAUCGGUUUAUUCAACUUCGUUUCGUGUAGAAUCAGUGGCAUCAUAUCACAAGGAUUUAAGAGCAUGUGUUUGUUUGGUUCAUGAAAACAAACUUACACUUUUCUACAUCGCUAAUCGCAACUUGCCUGACUUACAAUGGCUUAUGGAGAGCAGAUUACCAUCUUACAUGAUACCAAAAAACUUCAUAAAAAUUGAUGGAUUCCCUUUAACAAGGACGGGAAAAAUUGAUCGAAAAAACUUACUGGAUGCUUUAACUAAACGUGAAAAUCAUUAUUUCUCAGAAAAGCGAGCUUGGUACAACACCGGCGAUCAAUGUAGUUUUGACAAAACUGGUUCAAUAAUUUUCAAAGGAAGGAAUGAUUAUCAGAUUAAAAUGCGCGGAUAUCGUGUAGACCUUGUUGAGAUCGAGAAAGUUAUUGAGUCUCAUCGCAAUGUUAUAUUGUGUCAGGCGAUAUACAACACAGAAAUGCAAUCGAUAACCGCGUAUUAUAUCGGGAGCGCAGAUAAAGAUGAAAUUAAAAAAUAUUGUGCAAAGAUGCUUGAAACAUAUAAGGUCCCUUCUCGUUUUAUGAGACUUAACGAGUUUCCGUACACAAAAAAUUCAAAAAUCGAUCGAUCAGCCUUGGCUCAACAAGGUGACAAAAUCUAUUAUGAAAAAAAAAAUAGUGGCCGUUUUCUUUUCAUUGGAGCUUCUUCCGGAGGAACAUUUGCUUAUUCGACUAGUUUGCUCUUUGAAGAAAAUUUUACUAUCGACAUUGCUCUCAUCGAUUCCGGAACAUUUUAUCAUUUAAUCGAAAAGUUAAAUUUCGACGAACAUAAAAUGGAAUUGGUUAAAAAUUUGAAGGAGUACGAUGUUGAUGCCGUAACUUUAGAGGAAAUUUGCCAACGUUCCUGGAAAACUCUUCAACUACUCAAAUUUUACGAACCUGUGAAAUCAGAUAAACCAGUAUAUGUAUUAUCAAUUGACGGAUCAGAUCUUGGCUGGAAAAAUAUCGCUGUUGUGAAAAAGGUUUUACAAAUCACUGGCAGUCACUAUACAAUGCUUACCGAAGACAAAAAUGUCGAAAACGUUCUAGAAGCUAUUUUAAAUAUUCUCCGCAAUUUGCAAAGUAAAUCGAUUAAAUAA